GGAUGCAUGUGUGUAUUGUGAUAAGAGCUGUGUGAGCCCCCAAUAACAUGAUUUUAAAAAACCUCCCUAAAGCAAAUUGGGGAAACAUUCUAAGGAGCUCAUUUUAAGGAACUCAAAUCUAAGGAGCUAUAUAGGCUGUACUUUUUGUAAGACAGAUUAUAAAUGAUCUUUUUCCAAGACAGAUUAUAAAAGAUUUGUUCUUUCUUCUGGAAGUUCAUGGUAUUAUCAAUAUUCUUCUCUCGCACCAUAAUUCUAAGGCAUCCAUUCUUCAGUUUUCCUUAUUUUCUAGUUCCUAUGCAUUUGAGGUGAAGGUAAAUACAGUGGUUUGGGUCAGCUGCACCGUAGUUCUCAGAGAGAGACAUCAUAGCUCAUUACAUUUAAAUGUUUUUUUUCUCCCCAGCAAAUCUGCCCAAUUUGAUCCCAUGACUGCUGCUUCCAUAGGCAACGAUGAUGAAUUAAAGUUAAAUGAAAUUCUUAAUGACUUUCUUUCCCAUUUAUAAUGAGGAUGUCCUGUUGUGAGGACAUCAUCCUGUUUUCUUUACAUUGAUCUGUAAUUCAUACCGAAAGCUGUCGUCUUCAUCAAUAAGUGGUCAUGCUUGUUUCAGCAAGCUAGGUGGGCUACCUGCAUAUUUUAAAUGAGUCUUCCUCCAAUCCUGAUGAAUUCUUCAUGUAGUCCAGUUUCUCAGAUAAUUGCUCAGCAUACAGAUGGAAUAAGCAUGAUAGAAGGAUACACACCAUUCAUGAUUUUAAACCUUGUAAUAAUCCCUUGCUCUGUUGGAAAGGCUGCUUCUUGGUCUAUAUGUAUACAGUUUCCGUGAACACAAUAUAUUCUGGAUUUCUCAUUCUUAACAAUGUUAUCAAUAAUUUGUUGUGACCCACAUAGCUUAAUGCCUUUGCAUAGCCAAAGAUUACAGUUUUGGAAACCCAUUGGGCAGUUUUACUGUCUUAUAGGGUCUGUUUAAGACCUGGCGGCAUAGUGGUAUGUGUUGGGGGUGCAACUUAAUGUGAGUAAUUUGUACCACCUCAUACUCACCAAACCCAUUGUCAUAGACUCAUAGCAACCCUACAUACUUCAUUGAGUCUUUAGGGCUUCCCAGACUGUCAACCUUCAUGGGAGCUGAUGAUCUUGGCUUUCUUCUGUGAAGAGGCAUCCGGAAUGGCCACUCUGAUCUAUGUUGAUAAAGAGAACGGCGAGCCUGGCACCCGUGUGGCUCCCAAGGAUGGCCUGAAGCUCGCGUCCGGGUCUUUAGGCAAAGUCUUAGAAGGGAGGUCUCAGAUUUCGACACCCCAUGUUGGUAAGGUCUUUGAUGCCCCACCUGCCCUACCCAAAGCGGCCAGAAAGGCUUUGGGGACUGUCAACAGGGCUACAGAAAAGUCCGGAAAGACCAGUGGAUCCCUCAAACAGAAGCAGCCGACCUUCUCAGCCAAGAAGAUAACUGAGAAGACUGGCAAAGCAAAAAACUCUGUUCCUGCCUUGGAUGAAGCCUAUCCAGAAAUAGAACAAUUCUUUCCCUUCAAUCCUCUAGACUUUGAGAGCUUUGACCUCCCUGAAGAGCACCAGAUUGCGAACCUCCCCUUGAAUGGAGUUCCUCUCAUGAUGCUGGACGAGGAGCGGGAACUGGGGAAACUCUUAGACCUGGGACCCCCCUCACCUAUGAAGAUGCCCUCUCUGAUGUGGGAGUCCACUCUCUUGCAGUCUCCUUUGAGCAGUCUGCCAGUCCUGGAUGUUGAAUUGCCACCUCCGUGCUAUGACUUCGACUUGCUAUGACUCCUUGCUUGAAACUUCUUAGUACUUUAUAGCUUGUAUGUAUUUUUUUGUAUUAAUAAAGUUCUUUGUUUAAUAUGGA